UUGUGACGCCCAGGUUCAUAUUAGUUCAUAUAUAAAGGUUUUCUGUACUCAUUAAUUUCAGUGCGAGUACUCCCUGCCUUAGUCCCACUUGAUUUCGGAGCGAGUAUACACUGGAAAGUGUUGUAGCUCUUAGGUAAUGGCUAUUAUCAAUCACAACGGAUUGCAGAAUCGAUUUUUUUAGCACAUCGCUACGGCGGAAACGACGACUGGACGCGUCGUAUCGUUAUAUUCACAGUAUAAAGUUUUUUUUUCCGUUUUAUAUUCGCGUUCGUAUCGACACCAUUCUUGAAUAUCGCUCACGUCACAAACGUCAUUACUCGUUCGACACUUAUCAGUCUUCAUCCAGAGAUCUGUUUGUUCGCGUAGUUCGAUAUAGUCAUUGACUAAAUCCAACUCCUCUUCAAAGUAGCAAUAUUCAUUGUAACUCGUAUAAUAUGAAAAAAGUUGAAACUUACCAACAACAACAAUCACCAUCACCGCCACUGCCACAGCAACAACAGCAGUUACCAAUGCCGCGUCUUGUGGCAAAUUGUGUAACAACUUCAGAUAAACUGAUAAAACACGAUGGAGAAAAGUCAAUCAAUGAGAAGACUUAUGUAAAAUGGCCAGUCAAACGUAAAGUUAAUAGGAAAGAAUGGAGGAAGCGACUGAAUGCUCGAAUGCAUCGUUUAGUACGUCCCAAAAGCUCAUUGAUGGUAUUUUCUGAGUUGUUCAAAGAUGUACAAAUUAACUUAACAAAGCAUUCAAUUCUUAGUGUUAUAAGUUAUACAGCUACUCUUGAAAUUGGUGGUGAAAUUUAUUAUGGAAAUGAUAUUUCUAAAACUCAAGCCAAAGAGAAGGCAUGUGAAAAUUUCUUGCGCACUAUGUUGGCAAAAAAAAUGAGUGAACAAUCAGAAGAAAAAGAAGAAUCUCCCAUGAAUGUUGAGAGGGAAGUUGGAGAAAACGGUUCAGUAUCAAAACCUAAAGGACACCCUCAGGAGGAUUUCCCAUGGCCAAAUUUUGCUGCAUUAGCUAUGCAUAACUUAAUGAAUCAAUGGAAUAUACAGCCUGUUGAAUCAACUGUCAUAAAACCGCAACCUAAGACUGUUGGUAUGAGAAAGUUUCCUGAAAACCCAAAAAACUGUAAUCCAAUACAGUUAUUAAAUCAAAUGAAGCCAGGGGUAAAAUAUAUUGAAGCUAUAGCACCUGAAAAGUUGCCAUUACUCUUCUUUCAAAUAAACUGUGUAAUAGAUGAUAUUCUAUUUACUGGAGAAGGGCGAACAAAAAAAGCAGCCAAGAAGGAAUGUUGUAUUGCAGCAAUCAAAUAUUUUUGGCAAUUUGAUUUCCAUGCCAUAGAAAAUAAUUAAAUUAUUAAGAAUUAAUCAUGUUUAUAAAUUAUAAUAAUAUACAUUUGUGUACUAGA